GUCUCUCUGACCUGUCGGAAGUAAGUUAGACCCCUGAAUUCGUGACUUGAAUAACGCGAAGCGUGUCUACAUUGGCAUACACUCCGGCGAACUUGGAAAGUUUUUGAACCAACGUGAGAGACAAAAUUCACUGGGUGCUCAAGUGGUUUUCAGUGCACGUACGUGUUUGACAUGGCCAGCUGCCUUUAAUGUACAGAUUGCAAAUGCAGUUGGCACACAAUCGUCAACCUCAGCGUAAUGUGCACUCAGGGUCAAUAUGCUGAGCAAGGACAUAUGAAACUUCGGUAAUCUCCGGACAAGAGGUCACUAACGCUGCAAGGAUUAUCAAGAAAUAAUUCAGCCUACAGCACCAUUCGCCUCCACAAUAAGGUAUGAACCCACACAAAGUGAUUGUGUUAUCAUCAUCUAGUUGAUUCUUGGAUUUUAGGAGUUGGACUUACUUCAAUACGUUAACUCUUCGGAAGGUGUCCAGUGGCUGUAUCAUCGACUGUGAAUAAUUUCUUUGUCAGGUUUGCUUUUCCCAGACUGCUGAGCUAGCGAAAGGUUUCACAAAGAAUUAAAUCAACGAGAAGUACUCAGAAUUCCAUACUAUACAGAAUCUGUUGAAAUCCCAGAAGAAUCUGUGACAGUGUCAAAAAACAUACAAAUUGAAAAUGGCCAGUUUUCUACGACGUCGACGCGGGUUGUUGAUUAAGGCCAUGUUGAUGGUGCCAGUGUUGUGGUUGUUGUCGGUGAUGUUGUACAGUGGCCCAGGCAGGUGGGCGUCCGUGGACAGUGAGGAUAAAGUACCCAGGGAUAGAAGAGAUGGAUCGGAGGACAAACCAUUGCAUCCGCCGCCAGAUUUUCAUCAAAAUGAAGUUGAAAAAGAUCAUAUAGAAGUCGAACGAUUAGGUCAUGAUAGGAAAAUUCAUGAAAGUGAUAGGGAUUCACUGAAAUUUCAUGGACACAAUGAAGACCCUAAACCCAAGCCUCCAGCGGAAGGUGGUGUUGUUCAUAUGGUUCAAAGAAAAGUUACACCACAUCCAUUUAACCCCAGUGAUCCUGGGGAGCAAGGAAAACCCGUGGCAAUCAACAAAGACAACCUCUCUCCUGCAGAUCGGAAGAAGUAUGACGAUGGUUGGCAGAAAAAUGCCUACAACCAAUAUGCUAGUGAUAUGAUCUCGCUCCAUAGAAGUCUGCCAGACGUCCGAGACAAAGAGUGUAGGGAUCUGACAUACCGAGAUACUCUUCCUGACUCCAGCGUAGUAAUCUGCUUCCACAAUGAGGCGUGGACAGUCUUAUUGAGAACAGUUCACUCAGUCAUAGACCGGUCUCCAACACAUCUGCUGAAGGAAAUAGUUCUUGUAGAUGAUUACUCCGACAUGGACCAUCUAAAAAAGCCGUUAGAAGAUUACAUGAAUAAGCUAAAGAUAGUAAAGAUCGUUCGGACCAAGGAGAGGGAAGGCUUGAUACGAGCCCGACUUCUCGGGUUUGCUGCAGCAACAGGCGAUGUUGUGACCUUUCUAGAUUCACAUUGUGAAUGCACUGAAGGAUGGCUGGAACCAAUGUUGGAUCGUAUUGCAGAAAAUAAAUCCAUUGUCGUUUGUCCUGUCAUUGACGUCAUUGAAGACGAUUCGUUUAAAUAUCAAUAUGGCAGUGCUAAAGCGACUAGUAUUGGAGGCUUUGACUGGAAUUUGCAGUUCACGUGGCACAGCAUCCCCGAAUAUGAGAGAACACGCAGAGCUAACGAUAUAUUACCUGUCAGGUCGCCGACUAUGGCUGGAGGGUUGUUUGCAAUCAGCCGGGAGUAUUUCGAGCAUCUUGGCACAUAUGAUCCUGGCAUGGAUAUAUGGGGUGGCGAGAACUUAGAGCUGUCAUUCAGAAUCUGGAUGUGUGGCGGUUCCCUGGAGAUCAUACCUUGCUCUCACGUCGGACAUAUAUUCCGGAAACGGAGUCCGUACAAAUGGAAGACGGGUGUCAACGUCGUGAAGAAGAACUCUGUCAGAUUGGCAGAAGUGUGGAUGGAUGAAUAUAAAAAUUAUUAUUACGAAAGAUUUAAUUUUGAUUUGGGAGAUUUUGGUGAUGUCACAGAAAGGAGAGCUUUAAGGAAAAGGCUGAACUGUAAAAGUUUUGAUUGGUUCGUGAAAAAUAUCUACCCGGAUCUAUUUGUUCCGGGUGAAGCUGUGGCUUCAGGGGAGGUGAGGAGUAAGGCCAAGCCGAUGUGUAUUGACAGCCCCGUGGACCACCACAACUACCACAAGGCCGUCAACAUGUGGCCCUGUCACAACCAGGGUGGCAACCAGUACUGGAUGAUGAGUAAGGGAGGCGAGGUACGACGUGACGACGGCUGCUUGGACUACUCCGGCGGCGAUGACGUCAUCAUCUACCCGUGCCACGGCCAGAAGGGCAACCAGGAGUGGCAGUAUAAAGAGGACAACACAAUUCUACACGUGAACACACAGAAAUGUGCCGAGGUGUCGAUAGACGGCAAGAAGCUACAGAUGCGGCCAUGUUCUGGCAUUGACAGACAACUCUGGCAGUGGAAAAGAAAAGCACCAACAGGAAUUAUACGUGACAAACCCUAGUUCACCAUCUGAAGUCAUGUAUCCUCGGUCACUAUGCAAUUAAUUUAUCUUAUCUCGCCUGUGAUUGGUCAGAACUUUCAAGCUGACUUCCUCACCUCAUCGCUGAACAGGAGCAGAUAACUCUGCCUAAUGUGCAUUUCCGAACAUCAUGAAGAAUAGUCCGAAUGUUUAACAGUAUGGAUACCCAUUUAUAACCUAACAUGGAUAUAUAUGUAUAUCGGUGACUGGUUGGUAUAAUUAGUGUGAUUGGAUGACGACCUGUGGCCAAUGAGAGGACUUGGAAGAGGACAAAAUGUUUGUAAAACAUUUGUAUAAAAAUAUUAAGACGAAUACUAAUGGAACUGUCUAUUGUAUGGAAUCUGGAAAUCCUGACAAAAAGUAGCUACGCAUGGGCAAAGUUUGAUACGAUGAGUGUUUACACAUUGACCUUCACGUAUGGUACGUGACCUUAAAGUGUAAUGACUUUGAAGGCAUAUCCAAGAAUUGUUGGUGCAACUUUCAAGUAUUUGACCUUGACCUUACAAUCUUCAUGGCCUUGUAGGUCAUGACCUAGUUGUUGGUGUGACCUUGACCUUUGACCUCGUUCACGAUGGGCUUCUAGAAAGUGAUUCACUGAUCUCCUUUUCAGACUUGACAUGCCACUGCUGAAUCUUUCAUCCCGAGAAGAUGACUGUUACAUUAUUGAUUCUGUCAUGGAGAUCACACUGACUUAAGGAAGUGGCUGAAUUUCUCAAAUAGCCUUUGUUUUACUAACACAUUGGUAUGACACUGCAUUCCAUGUUGUUUGAGAUCCGCGUGAACAUAUUCUUGGUUUAUAAUCAAGAUAAGUCAUUCACAAUUCUACAUAACCAGACUUCGUAUGUAUUGACUGUUUGCUUUGGGGUAUCCAAUGAUAUUUUUUUCAUCAUAACCACAUUCCAGUCAGCUGAAGAAAGGAAUGCUUCAUAUGUACAUGUAAAAAUAUAUAUAAAAAAUAAUUUUGAGGGAGGGGUAAAUUCUAUCCUAUCCUAUCCUAUUUCAGUGGGAAAAGUAAGCGGUGACACAUAACAAUACUUCAGUCCAUGGUUGGGGCUACUGCUCCUCAGCUACAGACCCAGAACAUGGAUGUCUUAUCAUCAAAUAUUAUAUUUGAUGGCACAUGUCCUUGUUUGAGCAUCUGCUACCUAUUUUUCUAUGUACAUUAUCAUAAAUAUGUGGGAUAAAAGUAUUUUACGGUUUUUCUAGAUUCGAUUUAAAAUAUUUCCCUUUUUCAUGUUUGAAUGCUUCAGCAACUUGGGGAGUUUUUGUCAUGUGAAAAUGUUUUAUAUAUGACCUGUUCUUUUAAGGUGAAGGAUAAGUGUAUCUGAUUUAGAUAUUGUUCUGUGCAUUGAGGAACAUCCAUUGCAGUAUGUGAAGUCAUUAAGUUACGACAUUUUCAAAAUCAUGCUUACAGGGUGAUAUUUUGCAUAUUGAUGACUGUCAAUAUGGUUUUUGAACAUGCUGACAAGAUAUUAUUUUUUUUAUCAUUUUUUUAUCAUAUUUUUUUCAAUAAGUGCAUCAUGUCUCACUAACCAUUGCCCUCUGUGGGGAUUCUGGGUUAGAAUUGGUCCCAACCGAUGCCAGUCAUAUGAGGAUCGGGUGAUCUGCUUUUGCUGCAAUGAAAUAAUGUCGAAAGUAUAGGAUUUCAGGCUAAAAUUUGGCACAUGAGGGUAGACUGAAGGAACCAUUGCUAUAUUUCUGAUUCUGGUUUGGACUAAAUUGUUGACAUGAAGUUGGUUCUGACUUCUGUGUAUGCUGUGAUAGUGCUCCCUUAAACACACUCAUAAACAGGAUAGAGCUCUGAGCUCAUCCCUAACCCAUCCCACACCCAUCCGCGCCCACCCACGCCCAACCACAUCCACACUUAAUAAUAAACAGAAAAAAGAGUACAUCUCCAGGGGGUCAUUGUAGGUGUUAUGGGAAACAAAAAAAAGGAAAAACAUGUAAUGGCAGUUGGGAAAGCAGGCAACUUCUGCAAAACAAUAUGGCCGCACUACACACAGUGUGAAGAGUUGCCUCCCUUUGCUACCAGCGUGUAUGCAACCAUGACCCAGAUCACAGUAGGCCUUGAAGACACAUCGCGAUAUAACUGAAUUAUUGGUCAUUCAAUAAGAUAAUGGACUGGUCAUAUUACUUCAUGACCAUGCUGUUGCUUAGAUUAACUUGAAAAUAUCACAAGUAUUUCUAUUCUAAAAUGCCAUUCCAUGACGUCAAGUCGUGUAUUUAGUUAAAAGCUCCAACUAAGCUUAUUAUGCAUGCCAUGCUUGAUGUUUGUCUCUCCUAUUUUAAAAACUGACUGGUCCUUGGGUUGACCAUUUGAUAUAUUGGUGGACUUGGGUUUUUAAAAAAAAACCUGUAAUCUGUUCUCAAAAUGUGAGAAAGAAUUGGUCCUCUGGUCCCAUAUUGCUCAAUGAUUGAGCCCCAAAUGAGGAUACUCAUCGAUCAUUCAGGACAGGCAGACCGGUAUUGAAUUGUGUAGUAGAGCUUGUAGAUAGAUGAGACAAGCUAUUAUUCACAGCCAUUCACUCUCAAAAUCAUAUUCUAUGUUUAUAAAUUGUCAUCUUAAUACGAGAAAAAAAACUGGAUAAGUAAGAUACACUAAGAUAUGCACCUUAUGACAGUAUGCUUGAAUUUUAGUGUAUAAAAUGCAAACAUAUAUUUUCUUUUAUACGAGAUUGGACAAAUAGACCUAUGCUUUUUUUAGUCUACAAAAUGUGUCGUUCGUUUUGGUGAUAUAUAUGCUCAAUUGGGCACAGCGGCUGCUUUAUCUAACCCCAAAUGAGCAUAAAUAUCAAAGUUUUGAAGUAAUAUGCACUCAAGUGCACUUACAUACGACAUAAAUCGGCCAAAGUGGAAUUAUUUAUUAUUUGUGCAUAUCAUAUAUAUGUUGUAAAUAGUAUGUUAUCAUUCCCGCAAUGGCUAUAUGGCGGCCUGGAUUUCCCUAUCAACUUACAUUCCACGGGAUAAAAUUUGCUGGGAAAUAUGGACCCCCGGGACCAAAUUGUUUUGUUAAAUAAGGUUUAUUCUGUUACUGGAUCGUCGCUGUGUGCGGGUGUUGUUUUGUUUAGGCGAUGUGUAUGUUAUUUAUUGUACAAUAUUAGUGUUAACUUAAUGACCCAGCUCUGCUUUAUGCAACAUGUUUUCUGACAUAACAGUGACUUGAAGAUUUACACACACAUUCAUUGCCCCAAACUUUGGCACAUGAGCUUUUCAAUCAUAUUGACUGGUCACGAAUAUUAUGUAUUUAUUGAGUUUUUAAGGUACAAUAUAUAUUACUAGGUUCUCUAUUUACGUAAAACUUGUAUAUAUGUAAUAACACCUGGUAAACAGUAAGCGCUGCUAAUUAUAUAUUUCCAUAUUGAAUAAUCACUUUAUUUAAUUGUAUCCUGUAUUGAUAUUCUGACGAAAAUAUUUGUUUCGGUUUACUAAUUGACUCAUAUUGAAGCACAGAAACGGAAUAAUAAUUUGCCUGUAUAACUUACUGUAAAGUAAAUGCAUAAGGCUAAAAAAUAAUAGUCUUGGUUCUCAGGCACCGGAUAUUUUUGAAAAAUAUGAAUGGAUAACUUAUAAAUAAUUUAUUGUUGCCUGACCAAUGGGAUACUCGGGACAAUAAUACUACUAGGUGUUAUAGCCAGAUUGUCCUCUCAUAUUCUGUCGGCAGUAUAUUAAUUGUCCAGUCAUUUACUACACAGACUGUUUAACUAACCUUCAAAGGUGAGGGGGCACGGGUGGCCCAGUCGUCUAAGGCGCCGUAAUUCUAUGUGCAGAGUUGCGUCCCUUGGGCACGCCAGAAACCUGAUUUUGGGUUAGAAUCCCGGUUCGCCCCGAUUAUGUUUCUAGGUUUGUCAGCACCAUACCCGUGCUUGUGGGUUUCACCAAAGUGGUAAACGUCUGAGAGCUGCAUCACUUCUGGCUUUCCUCCCACAUUAAGCUGACAUGCUGUGAUAUAACUGGAAUACUGUUAAAAGCGGCGUUAAACCCAACUUAAUCACUCAGAGGUGUACAACUUUAAGUAGAAUCCAGGUUACAUGAAGUCCCCUGCAACCUAUGCUAUUCAUAAGAGGCGUCCAAAGGUCAUUCACUUGGUUGAUUGUGUGUCAUCGUACCGACAAUGUGGAUCGUUGUUCAUAAUAUCAAUCACUGGAUUGUCUGGUCAGGCAGUCAUCAUGAUACUGCUGUGUGUUGCGUUAAAAAAACCAAAAAUGAUUAUUUCGUAUGUCAGUAUACAAAAAUGCUUUGUUCUUUAUUCUUCAUGAAUAUGUAAUGCUGGGUAAAAUAUAUUAUUUCAGUAUUUUCACUUGUAAUGGAACAUUCACCAGAUUCAGUCCUUUCUCAUCCUGACUACAAACAUCAUCAAAUCUACUUAGCAGGACCAAGGGUAAAAUGAUAAUUUGCCUGUAUAACUUACUGUAAAGUAUAUGCAUAAGGCUAAAAAAUAAUAGUCUUGGUUCUCAGGCACCGCCUGCAUCAUAAACUCCACUGCACUUUUUGUGUUUAUUUCCUUUUUUUUUAAAAAAUCAAUAAAUAUUCCAAUUCCACUGGUAGUCAAAUACAGUAUUCAAGUUCUUUACUCGUCAAGGAAUACAUUUAUGUAGGGAGGUCCUUUCCCAGGUUCAUUGUACACAAUUGUUUAUUUGGUUACAUAAGUGCUUAUUUGGUUACAUACUAGUUUGAACACACACCCCCCCCCAAAACAAAAAAAACCAAAAGUGACCGCCCAUCUGCACUAUAUUUUCGAAAACCUUUGCCUGAGAACCAAUUCUAGUAUUUUUUUAAGCCUAAAGUGUAACCUCGUUAAUUGGGAUGGUACCGUGACAAAUAACGUUACCUUCAGUAUGUAUUCUAGUAAUCAUUUCCUACACGAAAUCAGAAGUCUUGUCAGUUGCAGGGUUCUUACUAUUGACAUCUCACAGAUUAUUAACUUGGAGUGGUUUAUUUUUGUAUUGAGGGAGCAUGGGUGGUGACAGAAUUUCCUGCAUCCCUUUGUCACGGGAUCGAAUCCCAAAUUUGUACUGAUUACACAUUAGAUCCUUGGUUUGUCAGCACCAAAUCCCUGCUCGUAGCUGUCACCAGAGUGGCAAGUGUCCAAGGCAAGACCCACAUCAAGCUGACACACCAUGACAUUACUGAAAUAUUGUCCAAAAUGUGUGAAACCAAACGUGCUUAUUUUUAUUAAUGUUCUUGAUUCUUCUAAAAACUUGUAGUUCAUCGCUAAGUACUUCUACAAGGGAGCUGUCUUAUUUACCCACGAUUUGCUACAUUUUUACGCUUUAAAAAACAUAAUAUAUGCAUUUUUAAAAAUACUUUUUUGACCUUUAGCUCAAAUACUUUAUUUAUUGUAAAUACAGAAUGCCAUCUUGCAAUGGCCUGAUUAAGAAUUUUGUGUAAGUUUUGAACAGGAUACAGAUCCCUUAUUUUGAUUUUAUCUUUCACAAAAUGUCAAUGAUGAACUGUUCAUCAUGAAUAAAUGAAACUGUCAAGUUGUUUUGCUCAUGAUUGCUACAGAAAGUACUAUGUAUUGCCUGUAGACAAGGGUAUCCUUCCAGCAAUGUUCCAAGUGUGUACAAGGAAACAGCAUUCAAUCUGUCAUUUUAGGAAAGGUUUUUAUGUAAUCUUUGUAGAUAUUUUCUUCACUUUUGGAUUAAUUUACUGUAAUAUUGAACAAACACAGAUUGUAACACUACAUCAGGUCAUUAAUAUAUAUUUAUCAUAUAUGGAUAGUGUGGUGAUGCGAUAAGCCAAUCUGCUAAUCUUUAUCAUGAUCCGUAAAUAUGCAAAUGAGGUACCCGAGCAGGAACUUCUUUAAGCUCCUUACAUCGAUGCAAUUUGCUUGCUCAAAGUUAAAUAGGGGUUUUCCUGUGUGGAGUGAUUCUGUUGAAAAGACUAGACCAAAUCAUCAGGCACUUUUUGACAAAUGGACUGACUAACAAACAUUUUAUUCUUAGGUCUUUUCUAAAGUUUGAAUGAAAAUAUGUCAUAAAUUUGAUUAUAUUUAGUUGACAUUAGAUUGAGAAAGUGAUUAUAACCUCAUGCGUUUUAUUAACCGAAUGUGUUUCCAUAUUGUAAAUAUAAUAUAUUUGGAAUAACAAAAUAUGUUGUAAGUUUGCCAAUGGCUCGGCUGAUAUAGUUGUUAUUCCAAACAUGAUAUAGAAACGCACUUAGCUAGUAAUCUCUAUUAGGGGGCACGGGUGCCCCAGUCAUCUAAGGCGCCGCGAUCGCUGUGCAGAGUUGCGUCCCAUGGGCACGCCAGAAACCUAUGAUUGUGUGUUCGAAUCCCGGUUCGCCCCGAUUAUGUUUCUAGGUUUGUCAGCACCAUAUCCGAGCUCGUGGGUUUCACCGAAGUGGUAAACGUCUGAAACCUGCAUCACUUCGAGCUUUCCUCCCACAUUAAGCUGACACGCCGCGAUAUGACUGGAAUAAUGUUAAAAGCGGCGUUAAACCCAACUCACACACUCACUAAUCUCUAUUACUGACACUACAACUUACACUAUUUUAUGUCCGAUAAUGAAAUACGGAAAGAGCUGUCACUAGCUAUGUGAUAAAAGGUAUACCUUAGUUUAUUUUGAAAUCCUGGAGAUUGUUCAAAUGUUUAUCAAAAGCUUGUCAUGUGCAUAUUUAUUUAAGAUAUAUUUUUGUAUGAAAUUAUUGUAACUUGUAGGAAGAGACGACUCCCCUAAUAUUAAGAGCAUUUUCAAGGGUCAGAAUUUGAGUAGUUUUUGUAAAAAUCGUGGAUAUGUCAAUCAUGGGUGAUUUUCUUCGUGUGUAUAUAGGUACAUUAGGCAUGGCACCAUUAAAUGUUUAACUAUUCAACAUUCAUUUCAGUGUCUUGAUGAACUUAGCAUUGAUUUACUGUUGCAUGUAAGAAAAUAUGAUUGUCGUUAUUUAUAUCUUAGAAAUCAUUUGCACUGAAAAAAUGUGAAGAAAAUGCUUUAAGGCAAAUGUGAGCGAUAUAUGCUGAAAUGUUUGUAAAUAUGUACAGUGAUUCGAAUGAAUGAUAAAUGAUUGGUUCGAUUUGAAAUAAGCAUGUUGGAUGAUGUAGGUCUGACACCAUGAGUUGUCUCCCUUUAGUCUUUGUUUCCAGAUAAUGGUAGCAGCUGUACUGGGCAAUCUUCCUACCAAAGUUGAAAAAACAAAACAAUUUGGAAAUGACGAAGCACAUUGUUGCAAUUGAAUUAUUUGAUUAUUUACUUUGGCCUAUGACAAACAAAAACAAUUCAGCGAAACUCAUUGCUGAAUAUGCACCUGAAAAAAGGUUAAGCAUCACCCAUUCUUAAUUUUCACAUCUCAACGUCCUUGUAUCUUUUUGGACAUUAGACAACCUCCGUGGUGUGGAGGAUGGAACACCUGCCUGGAGACAGUCAGUGGUUCGAACCCCGGCCACGUCAUACCAAAAGACGUUAAUAGAUGGUACUUGUUGUUACCCUGCCUGGUGCUCGGCUUUGAGAGGUUGAAACAAGGAUCUUUUGGUUCAAAGUCGGUAUACAUUGUCCUAGUGUGGUAUCUCACACUCACACACAACUGCAAUAAUCUUGGAACAUGUCAAAGCCCAUUCACCUUUUGAAAAUAUCUCCAUGUGACAUUGAUGUAUGUGCUGAUAUGUAGAAGUUUCUUAAAAUGGUCACAAUAUGUACUUAAAGGAAGUUAAAGAACACCCCAAUUUUUUUUUUUAUAUGACUAUAGUUAAUUCAUGGUAGAAUAUUUACAUCGAUCACAUGAUGCUGAUGAAGCAAGUAAAUGUGUCGUCUGCUAUGGAACAGUUACAAUACACAUUAGAUAAUCAAUUUCAGUUUCUAUAUUUAAGUAAUAGUACACCGUGUAAACAAACAUGUUUUCUAAGAAAAAUUAACAGUUUAUGUUUUUAAAAAAUAUGCUACUUUAUGGUGCGUAACCUUAUUUCAGGUGUAUAUAAUGAAAACAUUCCAUGCCAAUGACUUGAGUAAAUCUGGACAAUUCUGUUCAGUGAAAAUGUCCGGAUUAAUGGGAUUUCACUGGAUGUAUGUAGUCAUGGCGUCCUUGGCGGUUAGUGCAGUGUCCUCUGAACCAGCUGAUGUAGUUUUGAAAUGGUGCCAGUAUAUUUGAGAAAGCUAGUGUGUGUUUGAGGCCAUUGUGCUCCAUGUAAAGAACUGAAGAGAGACAAUUCAGAGAGUAUUUUGUAUCAUAGUAUUAUCAACUUGGAAUCACAAAUCACUGUUGAGGGAUAUAUUCAACAGGGAAAAAAAUCAAGUGCCUUUAAAAUAAAUGUGAUUUUGAUA